GGUAGCAUAAUGGGAUACACUAUGGUAGACAAAGGCUGUUUCUUGGGCUUAACCAGCUGCCUAUCCGCGAACAACUCGCAGCUUGCAUUGAAAUCGUGGAUCUCAACACCAACUUCGUGCUGUCUGCGGCUGCGAAUGCGAUGCCUCGUCCACCCACCACUCCCACGCUCUCCUUCACACAUUUUCUAGCUCAUCACUUACUAAUGCCAUCCACUACCUGCACUUGCAAACUCGCAUACGCAUAUGGCAACCAGUUAAGCUCAAGGUCUAAGCUUGCCCAAAGCCCUACUAGCACAGGCUCAAUGAUAACAAAGUCGCAGCGCAGGCAGAGUGCAGAGUGCAGAGCACAAAUAAGAGCAGAGCAAUGCAACGCAGCGGGACCCACGGAGGCUGGACGACCUCGCAACAAGAGGCUCCAUACUUGUACGAGGGUUGAUGCGCCGAACCCUGUCUGGCCUCGUCGCCUUGUCUUUAUCCGAUAUUGCUGUUUAAUCUCCAAAUCGCUGUUUGCUUUGCUCGCCCUGGUCCUCGCCUCCCGCAUUUACAUAGGACUAGCCUUGCUGGCGCCAUCGCCCCACGGCGAUUUGACUGCUCGCAAACGCUCGCUUGGAGAAAGGACCCCUCCUCGGCCCCAUUCCAUCGACGGUUCUCGAGCCCGCUGGGCAACGGCACGGCGUCUGCGAGUGGCCAGCUGGGCGGAUGCUGAAGGCGAAAAAAAAAGGCACCAAUCUCCAGCCUUCAGAAGAUGAGCCUCCAGUGGCCAAACAAAGAGCUCACGCCACCAAUGGUGCAUGUAUUAUGGCCUCGCUAAACACUAGGCGACCUCAUACGAAGUAGCAUUAUAGAAUAU